GUGCUUUUCGACGCGUAGCCAGCGACCGGUGCUUUGGUGGAGUUUGACGUGGCACUCUGCUUUCACUGAGGGCAAUACACAGUGAAGAGGACUCUACCCAAUAUUCAGGUUGUCAAGACUCAUUCAUCCUGGCAUGAGAAGAGAGUAACAUUCGUCCCAUCAAUAUGAGUCAACAGGGUUAUGUUGCUGCACCCCCAUACUCCCAGCCCCAGCCAGGGAUGGGGGGCUACCAAGGUGGAUUUGGGACUGGUACUGCACAGCCCCUCUACGGGCACUAUGGGGGACCGCCUCAGGCAUUCACAGCUCCACCAACAGGUAUGAUGAAAUCACCAGUUUCCUCUGCUGCCGGGAUGCCGCCCCCUCCAGUGUCCAGUCAGUACAAUCCAAGCGCCCAGCAGAAUGGCGCCCACCCCCAAAGAUACCCUGCGCCACCAGCUGCUUCUGCUGCUUAUGGACAACCUCCACAGUCCCCAUACAACAGCAUGGCCUCUCCAGCUGUGCCUCCAGCACAGCAGCUCACCAAUCAGAUGAGUGCCAUGAACUUGGGCAACUAUGCCCCAGGCCCCAUGCACAGCCCUCCUCCUCAAACAAGCUCUAUAACCCAGCAGCCGUUCCAAACACCCCCUCCUCCAGCAAUGGGCCAGCCGCCUCCAGGCCCACAGUCCCCCCACAUGUCUCCACCACAGUCACCUCCAUCAAGCAUGCCAAUGGCAGGCCAACCAAUGGCAGGACAACCAAUGGCAGGACAACCAACGGCACUGAUGGGAGGCCCUCCGAUGGCAGGCAUGGGUAGACCCUUCCCAGGGCCACCUCCGCCAGGUCCUGGAGGGUUUCAGCAGCCUGGUCCCGGAGCUGCUGGUCCACCAGGAUACCUGCAGCAAGCAGGUCAGUUUGGGGGACAAAUGGCCGGGCCACCUCCAGGCAUGCCUGGGGCCUUCCCUGGAGCACCAGCUCCAGGUCUGUCUGGACCACCUCAAAAGAAACUCGACCCUGACUCCAUCCCCAGCACAACUCAAGUGAUUGAGGAUGACCAAGUGAAACAUGGAGGGCAGGUCUUCAGCACAAACAUCAGAGGACAGGUUCCACCUCUGGUCACUACGAACUUCACAGUACAGGACCAAGGAAAUGCCAGUCCCAGGUUCAUGCGCUGCACAGCCUACUCCUUACCCUGCACCGCCGAUCUGGCCAAACAGUGUCAUGUGCCCCUGGCUACCAUCAUUAAACCCUUUGCCAGUUUGCCAAAGAAUGAGACUCCUCUGUAUGUUGUGAACCACGGCGAGACAGGCCCGAUCCGCUGUAAUCGAUGCAAGGCCUACAUGUGUCCCUACAUGCAGUUUAUUGAUGGAGGUCGCCGCUACCAGUGUGGUUUCUGCAGCUGUGUCACUGAAGUGCCAGCUUUCUAUUUCCAACACUUGGACCACAUGGGCCGGAGGGUGGACUUGUACGAGAGGCCUGAGCUGUCUCUGGGCUCCUACGAGUUUGUGGCCACGCUGGACUACUGCAAGAACAACAAGCCUCCGAACCCCCCUGCCUACAUCUUUAUGAUUGAUGUGUCCUACAACAACAUUAAAAGUGGGCUGGUCAAACUGAUAUGUGAUGAGCUGAAGACUCUGCUGGAGAAUCUGCCCAGAGAGGACGGUAUGGAGAGCUCCGCGAUCAGGGUGGGCUUUGUCACCUACAACAAGGUCCUCCACUUCUACAACGUGAAGAGCGCUCUGGCCCAGCCGCAGAUGAUGGUGGUUUCAGACACAGCUGAGAUGUUCGUCCCGCUGCUCGAUGGCUUCCUCGUCAACUAUCAGGAAUCGAGGGCCGUCAUCUUCAACCUCCUGGACCAGAUCCCCGACAUGUUUGCAGACACCAGUGAGAGCGAAACGGUCUUUGCUCCUGUCAUCCAGGCCGGCGUGGAGGCAUUCAAGGCAGCGGAAUGUAGCGGAAAGCUCUUCAUCUUCCACUCCUCCAUGCCCACUGCUGAGGCUCCUGGCAAACUGAAGAACAGGGAUGAUAAAAAGCUGGUCAAUACUGAGAAAGAGAAAACCCUGUUCCAACCUCAGAAAGGAGUGUAUGAGCAGCUGUCUAAGGAGUGUGUGGCACAGGGCUGCUGUGUGGAUCUCUUCCUGUUCCCCAGCCAGUAUGUGGACUUGGCAACCAUGGCCGACGUGCCCUCUCACACAGGAGGCUCCGUCUACAAGUACAACAACUUCCAGGCGGAGACCGACGGGGAGCAUUUCUUGAGAGACCUGAGGAAAGACGUGCAGAAGAGCAUCGGAUUCGAUGCCAUCAUGCGUGUUCGUACCAGUACGGGCUUCAGAGCCACAGACUUCUUCGGUGCUGUAUAUAUGAACAACACCACAGAUAUCGAGAUGGCGGCUGUGGAUUGCGACAAGGCUGUGACCGUAGAGCUGAAGCACGACGACGCGCUCAAUGAGGAGACCGGGGCUUUCAUACAGUGUGCCUUGCUUUACACCACCAUCGGCGGGCAGCGACGUCUCCGCAUCCACAACCUCAGCCUGAACUGCAGCUCGCAGUUGUCGGAGCUGUACAAGAGCUGCGAGACAGACUCACUCAUCAACUUCUUUGCCAAAUCAGCUUACCGUGCCAUAUUGAACCAGCCUGUGAAGAACGUGAGGGAGAUCCUGGUCAACCAGACGGCCCACAUGCUGGCCUGCUACAGGAAGAACUGCGCCAGUCCCUCUGCUGCCAGUCAGCUGAUCCUGCCCGACGCCAUGAAGGUGUUCCCAGUCUACAUGAACAGCCUCAUGAAAACUGCUCCCAUGGUCGGAAGCACAGAGCUCUCGACGGACGACAGAGCCCAUCAGAGGAUGUCAGUCAUGGCCAUGGGGGUGGAGGACACACAGCUACUGCUCUACCCACGCCUCAUCCCACUGCACAACAUGGACCCGAGCAGCGACGCCCCGCCUGCUCCGCUGCGCUGUUCGGAGGAGCGUCUCACAGACUCUGGCAUUUUCCUGCUGGAGAACGGCCACGCCAUGUUCCUGUGGCUUGGCCAAGCGAGCCCACCAGACUUCAUCCAGAACAUCUUUAACCUGCCCUCACUCGCCCACCUCCAAGGACACACGUGUGCUCUGCCUGAACUGGACAACCCAUUGUCAAAGAAGGUCCGAUCCGUCAUCAGCAGCGUGACUGAAAAGAGGCCGAACUCUAUGAAGCUCCAAAUUGUGAGGCAGAAGGACAAACCAGAGAUGGUGUUCCGUCAGUUCCUGGUGGAGGACAAAGGCCUGCACGGUGGAGCUUCCUACAUGGACUUCCUUUGCUACGUUCACCGAGAGGUCAGGCAGCUGCUCACUUAAAGCCCGUCGUUCGGCCUCGGCCCGGGAGAAACGUGGCAACAGAUGGACCACGCACAAGCCUCAUAGGGUCAGUCUCUCUGGGCUCCAUGUGAAUUCUUAAGGACAGUCCACAGGAAGAAACGUUUGAAGUGUUUUGCACAGACAGAGGAAGAAACGAGGGACCAUGGAGAGCCUUUUGAGAUUUAACCUUGAGAGUCCAAAGCUGCCUUUCCAACACGCUUUAGUGUACACACAGUUUGAUCUUCAAAUAACCACUUGUCACCUGAGGAACUUCCAGGUGAAACCGGAAUGAAACAGACAACACAUUUCCUGCUCAGACACUUGUGUGUGAUGGACUGUGGAGACUGACUGACUUCAGUGUCUGCCUGCUCAUUGGCGUAAGCAAUACGACACACACCUCAACUGUGCAGCCAAUCUUUUUUUUUUUUUUCCAUUUCCUUCUUUAGUGUCAAGACAAGAGGUUAUUUGUGAGCAAUACUGUAGAUGUUCACUUUGAAAUUCAAUAAAGUUUGCCAGUCUUUGUUAUACAGGACGUUCUCCCAUGAAAACUAAAUACGUGAGGAGUCUCAAUAUCUUAUUUUAAACUCAAAAAUUUUUUACAGUAUUUAAAAGUCAUAUACAGGUUUUUACAUUUUAUCACUUUUGCUGUGCUAGUGGAAAAUGUACUAAAAUACACAUUUAAAUAGUGUAACCAGAUACUUUAUAAUUUAGCAAUGCUGGGGGGGGGCUCAGCUGCCAGAACUGAAAAUUAUUCCUGUCAUUACACCAGGAGUGAUUCAAAGCAUUUGGAUCACGUGUGCCACCACCAAAACAACAAAAAAAUCUGAUUCUUUGACCAUUUACAUUUGUCACAAUGCACAGUGAUGCUGUGGUGUUCUCAGAUCGCAGUGACAGCUGUUGCUCUUCGUUGACAACAAGGACCAACUCACUCGUGUGUCCUGAUUGACUUUUUCCUCUCUACACUGACACGGGUCAGAUUUGGGAUUGAAAGGGGAUUCUUAGGGACCAAAUACACACACAACACUCAAACAAGGGAGCAAAUAUUUUCUGUUCUCGUUGGGAGUAAAUCAUUUAGCGGCUAUCGGGAUCAUCAGAUUUUUUUUUUGUCGGCAGACUUUUAGUGCGAAGGAAGCUCAAAGUUCAGUCAAAUCUUUUUACUCCAACUAUACUCUGCAAAAUCGUCUGUAAUGAUAUGUAACAUCAGCUUUGAGUUUCAGCACAGGAACAACAUCAUACUGUAAUGUAUAGCUUGUUUUUAAUCAAAGAAAUUGCUUCUGUGUAAUUCAUGCAUUUGCAUUUGUGUGAUAUUGUUUAUGUGUGGCCUUCACAAAGUCUGUAUGUGAAAUACACAACUGGUGUUUUCAAAACGGUACCAUCUGCCUUAAGUUGAUGUAACAGUUGUUUUAAAAAAAAAAAAAAACAUGUGCAAGAAGUCUACGGCUGGUUUUAAUCGUUUUGGUCUGUAUGCAAACGUAACUCAGGUAAUUUGAGUACCUAACUAUCAGAAGUUGGACGAGGUGAUUCCAAUUGAACUGGAAAGAUGGACGGUCGUUUUUUUUUUUGAGAUUUGUAGAAAUUCUUGGGCUCCGUGUGCCAUGUGUAUUUUAUUCCAAACAGUCAACCAAAUUUUGUCUGAAAUUAAAUUCUUGACAGAAA